AAUAUUUUAACAUCUUCAAAUAAACCAUCCUAUUCUGAUAGUUCUAAUGAAAAUUUAAAUAAUACAGAAGAAGAAAUUAUUUUCUCUUCUACAGUUUUACAAACUCAAGAAACUCAAAAAAAAACAAAUCAACCUCAUCCACCUGUAAAAUGCAAAUAUUGCCCUAAAAAAUAUAAGCAUGGACUUGCAACUCAUAUGCAAAAGCAUACUAAUAUUUGCUCAAAUUUGGAAUUUUUUAAUGCUUUUCAUCCAUCAUUCCAAAUUCCUAGUGAUAUUUUACAAAUAGAUGAAAUUAAACUAAUUAUAGAAGAUUCAAAAACUGUUGUUAAAUAUUUUAAAAAUCAUAAUAUAGCUAUAGCCAAAUUACGACGUAUUCAAAAAGAAAAUUACAAUAAAGAAAUUGCACUAGUUCUUCCAGCACUAACAAGAUAG